CGCAGAAACAGUGCAGCACACAGACAUUUAGCAGCUCUGACGCCUCGAUGAAUGCCAUGGUCCAUUUGCUUGCGAGGAGGGUUCUUCUGCUGAGCUUAAGCACAGAACAGAGAGACUAGUUAUAUGAACGAGUCAGGGAAGAGCAAAUUUAUCCGAACCCCAACCCGGGGUAUCAAGGAACCGGAACGCGGCCCGGUUCAUAGUGCGCCACCACCAUGUCGCAGGCACUUCGUUCCUGUACCCCGGCUCAGCUGCGGUCCCUACCACGCCAGGCCGACUUUUCUCCCUCCCAGCAGGCUCUUCUAUCUGCCGUGACGAAAUUUACUGGUCAAGUCUUGUCACGUUCACCGCCUAGUAUCACCCUACCGGAGCUGCAGACAAUCAUGGAUUACAAACUCGCUUUUGGCCAGAAUCGACCCAUGUUGCGGGCCAUGAUCAGGAAAAAUACGGAUGCCCAGGUCAGGGAUUGCAGUCAACGGGCUCUUGCUCUACCAGAACUACAGUUGGGUGGCUGGGACUGUGUCAAAGAAAGCAUGGACAUCUUGUGCGAGCUUAAAGGUGUGGGCCCCGCAACCGCAUCCUUGAUCUUGAGUCUCGUAUAUCCCGAGCAUAUACCCUUCUUCUCUGACGAGGCAACCGUCGAUGUCCUUGCCCCUGCCGGAGGACGAAAAGGGAUCAAAUACACGAUGAAGACCUACAAGGAGCUCUUCGACGCCCUUGGUGAUAUCGCUGGCAGUGUCAAUAGCAACAAAGAACAGGAUGCCGCAUCGGAGGAUACAGUAGGCAGCGGGGCUGUCGAGAGAGCGAUAUGGAAUACGGUCCGACUUCAGGAAGGUAGCGAGGGUCAGUCUAAGGAGAAGGCGAAGAGACCACGAACGGAUGACGAUGUGGUGGUCACAAAGAAGAGGAAGCGAAUCAAGUCUUGAUGUGCGAAGUCAAUGGCGGAGGAAACCAGCGUAUCCAUGGUACUGAAGGGAUGGAUCAAGGAGAUUAUGUUGAACGUAAACUUCCAGUGCGAAAAUCACUCAGCAUCUUGGCCGGACAGCCAAAUGCUUGGGGAUGCUUGGAGCAGGGUCUGAAUUGUCGUCAAAAAGUCUUUUUAGGAGACAAUUUCUCGACAAUUAUUUGUAUGAAACUGUUACAAGGGAGCUGGCAAUGACAAAGAGUCC